AUGCAAUGGCCGGCAUACCCAAGGAAGCAGGGCUUUGAUAAUAUGAAAUCGCUAAUGAACCAAGCACCUUGGUCGGCUUGGCUUGCUACCGCCCACCACUUACUGGCGAUAGCAUCGGCAGUGGUCAUUGCCGCUCUUAAUACGGCUGGGUUGUGGGUAGGCAAAGAGCUCACUGGGACGAGCGGCCAGGAUACGGAGAAGCUACUUGCGUUACAAUUUGCCGCUAAAUUGCACGAACUGUUGAUUCUUUCGUCCUUGGGGCAAAUACUCUUCUCGGAGACCGUUAAGCAGCUUGUCUUUGGCGAGGGAUUACCUUUCGGUGCGAUCGCCGCCGGACUUCAGUUUAAUCAAAUCUCCUAUCUUUGGUCUAAGGAAUUCCGCGCUACGUCUUGCGCUACGUUCAAACGAAAAUAUUAUAUUAUUCCAGCAAUCAUCAUCUGCACUCUUCUCGGAGUGGGCAUUGGUCCAUCCUCGGCGACCGCAAUUAAACCCACCUUGGGUGACUGGCCAGCAGGCGAGACUUCUUUCUGGCUAAACGCGACCGCCCAGGAACUGUGGCCUUCAACUCUAUCAUUGACAGGAAAUGAAAACUGUACCAACUCACCGGAAACAUGCGGCAGUCUGGGCACCUGGACCUCUCUUGCUAAUAACCUUUUCAAGUACUGGGGGCAUGAAGCGCUUGGUAAUAUCCGUGCAAUGCCAGAGAGCGUCCAAAUCCCAGGUAAAGUCUCCAUCAGAACGCUGAAUUCGCGGUUUCGAGGUCCUUUUUCGCUCUACCAGCCAGAGUUUACAACUGCGACUGUACAACCCGCCGCGAUAGCCAACGUAGUGAACACAAUUCGACAGAUCUGGUUAAGGGCGAAUGGCGCUCGAUGUUAUUCUGGAGGAGGCAGCAUCAGGGAACAGAAUUUUUGCACCUACAAGGAUAUCACUUGGUCGGUUGAUGCCCUCCAACCUGCUGUCUAUGUUGCUUGUAACGGUGCAAGCUCCACAGCUACACCCGAAUUUCCAACGCUUGCGAGCGGGACAGACCAACCCACUCUGGUUGAACAUCCGGUGAACUUGACCAAUGUCAGCUUUGAGUCAGCUGCAUCAUCUAUCACAUGGGUUGAUCUGUCCGGCCAAGAGCUCAUACGCGCAUCUGUUGGUGCCCUAGUCACUCCCAUUAUCGAGCAAACCCUUGACAGAAGCACUUAUGCUUGCACUAUUGAUGCGCAGUGGGCAAAUGUGACCAUCGAGUCAUCUUUUCUUGGACUCCCGUACAUUGUCAACGGCGUACCACCCAACUGGUACCAACCGCAGGAUGAUUCUACUGGUCGGUAUCAUGGCCGCCAUGUGAAGAUUAGCCCAGCUUGGGCCUCGCUCGUCAAUCCGUCUCUCAUCACGGCGCAGAACACCUCCUCUAGCCCUUUUGACAUUCUGUUAGCCGCAGCAACUUCGUCUGAUGGAGAAAGCCAGUAUAUGCCAGAUAAAAUUGAAGCCAUUAUCGCUGUUCUCAUAGCAGAUCGUAUGGCUCGUGUUGGCGCUGAUGCAACCUUCCAAGGCACAAUCACCAACAUUAACCAAGUACUGCAAAUAAACGAUGGACAACUUUUUACAGCACCUCCAUCGGAUUCUCAAUACCACCGCCUGACGUUCCAAACCGCGGUUACAGGCUUUGCCUACGGCCUUCGUGGAACGACAGGCAUCAUUACUUCAACACUGGUUUCCAUCAUCAUCCUCCUAUGCUACGUCGCGAUUGCAGUGACUCAUGUUCUUUAUUCGCUUUGCAUCUCAGGUGUAUUUAUCUCACAAUGGAGGAAUGUGAUAGAUCUGGUUGCACUCGCCUUUCACUCGGAUAUUACUAACAUAUCGUCGAUGCAUGGCACAAGCACGGGUAUUGAAACGACAAGGCCCCUGAAAAUAAUAGUCGUGCUCAGGCCGACAGAUAGGCACAUCGAGAUGGUAUUUGAUAAAGAAGAAGGGAGCCUAUUGGGAAAAUCCGGGGAGCAUGGGACAAGUGACAAUAGCACGCCAAACACACGCUUCAAGGGUGUACGGCACCAUUCUGUAUAA